AGCAACUGAAGAAAGCCAAGACGAUUAAAACUGGACCUGACCUUGACCGUCGUGUGGGCGUUUCAAAUAGCGUCAGGUCAGCCCUCACGGCUCACAGUGAGGAUUCGAACCCCGCCCUAAGCCACUACAGUCACAGUAGCUACGACCGGACCUUAGGCCACCACGACAAAGGCUUGACCACCAAGCCUGCCACUUCACCCUCUCUACCUCAUCAAGGUCUUCGCUCCUCCGUCCACUCUGACGCUGCCUUAACGCAUGGAAGUUAUGAAGAUGGCUACACCCCCAAAACUGAUGGCUCGAUCCCCAAGACUGACCCCCUCAUAGACGAGUCAUCCCGGGUCCUUGAGGAGGUGAGGGCGCGACUGGAGAACAGACGGGCCAGUUUUAACCCGGACGUCAAGAUUUCGCUGUCGUCUGCACACUCAGAUGGUCAACCGGAAGUGACGCCAAGCUCCGUCUUCACGCCAAGAAGCGAUGGAGUCUUCCGGUUCCCUGACUCGGCAGCGGGUUCUAGACCCUCCGUGUCCGACACCACGAGACGCGAAUCUCUGGGGUCGGAAAAAUACCGGGAGAGUCGGCAGCAGAUUCUAGAAUCAUCUGGUUACGUCAAGAGACAAUCACUGACCCCAGACACCGUGAGACAAUCCCUGACCCCAGAUACGAUCAGACAAUCACUCAAUCAUGAUAACGUCAGACAAUCAUCGCCCCAAAACUCCCCACAGCCUGUAGAAAGUUUUAAAAAGACGUCCAUCAUGACGUCACAGCAGGAAAACCACACAACCGGAAACGAUGAGCGAAUGUCUGUCGACAGAACAAGACAACACGACGACCGCCUCGGUCUGACCCAGCAUCAUACCAACUCACUCGUGCAAGUAGACAACAAGGGCAGUUACUCUGCUCACAAAGACACCAACGGUAAAUUACUUGCGUCAGACUUCAACGAUUUCUCUAAGCUCACAACGGAGGUGAGGUCAGAUCAAGUAGAGCUAACCAGACCAUCAGCUGACGAGAUUAGGCUAGGUCUGGGUUUGAGCGCCGUCACGCCUCAGAGAAGUUCAGAGCCGAUGAGGUCAGUGCAACUCAUCCAUGCUAUUACCGACAACUUUUCUAAAAUGGGAAAUUACCUGGACAAAAUGGAGGGGCAGGUGGAGGGCUCUAGAGUCACGAGAACUCAGAGUUUACACUCGCAUGUAAGACACGAGUUGCCUCCCUCUGUAGACCUCAGGACUGACGUCACUGUUCACAGUACUAAAGAGGCUAUAUCAGAUCUUUCUGGCAACCAACACACUGGGGAGGUAGUUCAAGGUCAUAUGUCUGUACUUCCGGCAAUGACAGCUCCCCCUGAGUGUCAAGACAUCUCAAAGCUAGCGAUAGAAUCAGAGCAAAGUGACGUAAGCAGUGACGUAGAUUACCGAGACCCUGGCGAGGGUUUAGUUCCAGAAACCGAUUCUCCCACUGAAACAGUCGAACCAAAAACCACGUUGUCCAGAGGUCGUCCGGUUGGCCGGAGUCUGACCGAGUCCCGGCUGUCCCGCCCGGACAGGUUCCGGCCCGACUUCACCGUCCUGGACAAGAUAGACGAGACCAGCGAGUCGUCCAAACCAGGGGCGCCGCGAGCCCGCCGGGUCGCCGUGGCCAUGCCGGGGGUGGAGUCGACACUUGAGACCGAGUUCAACAGCAGGACCGGUGAUACUGGCGACAGGACCGGUCAGGCAUCUAGCGAGGUGACCGGUCACCAUGACGAGCUGACCGGUCACCCUGACGAGCUGACCAGUCACCCUGACGAGCCGGCCCCCAGCCCGUGGCACCAUGACUACUCCAUCCACCAGGCGGAAGCCGCUGACCAGCUGGCUGACCUAGACUCCAGAAAGCCCGUCAACCAGGAGGCGCUGGCCGCCCGACGGAUGCGCUUCUCCGCCCCGGUGUACGGGCUGAGCCCCAACCUGCAGCUGUUGGACGCCGCAGCAGACGACACCCAGCCCAAACGUCGCCACUCCGAGAUCUACAACAAGAUGGAGGCGGCCAGGAUCGAGCAGGCGUUCAGCAGUCUGCUGGACGACCUGGACAAGAUCAGCAACUCGGAGGGCACCGUGUCGGACAUUGACCUCAGCGAUAACGACGACAUUCUGGCCCUCAGUGACGGCUCGUCUGGCUCGUGCGCCAGCACGCCGCACCGUCCUAAACAGACAUCUACGUCACUUCCGACAGGAAACGAGUCACCAAUGAAGAACUCGCAUCACGAUGUUGUUCCAUCUGAGGACAUUGACGUCACGGAUUCUAUAUUUAACCUCGACCAACUAGCUGUAACAACAGUUCUAGAUUCUACCCCACGUGAUCACCAGGAUACCCAAAAACAAGCCGUGACCCCGGAAGUAACCCUGAAGCCGACUUCAAUGACCGACACAGUGCCGAGUGGCGACAUUGUGGUCAGUUUGGAGGAUACCUUCACUGGACAUUCUGUUAAGGAGGAUGUAGAGUUAACACCUGUCGUCUCACCUGGUUCAAGUUUACCGUCACCUGUUGCCCAACACUCAGUCUCAGCAGUUGACCACACGUCGACAAUGACGGGCGAAAACUCCAUCGAGCCGGGAUCGAAAACAAUGGACACCGACGCGGAAGUCAUCAACAACAACAACAUUGUCAUGAAGUCAACCUCCACCCUACAACUUGUCACCGCGCCCCAACCCACGCCCCACCCCGCGCCUGGGGUGCGCACCUUCCACGUGAACAAGGAGGAGGACGGGACCAUCACGAUGCAGGCCGGUGCGGCUGACGAGAACCAGAACCGCGUCAUCACGGUGCGCACCAAAAAACAGCGCACGCCCAGUAACGCGGACGAGGAACUAAAAGACAAGAUCGUCAAGAAGACGAUGGUGUCCCCGGGGGGUGCCGUGAUUGAAGAGACGGGCGUCGUCCACACCAAGAAGAGGAUCACCUCCAGGGGCUCUAACUACUUCACACGGAGGGAGUACACGACACGGACCCGGAGGGACAAGGAGGGGGGCGAGACGGUGGAGCAUGACGUCACUGUGGAGACGGAUAACAAGUCGGUCAGUCAAGGUCAGUCGUGGGGCGACAAGGUCGUCACUCGGGUCAACCUAGAGGAUGCUAAAACUGUCAAUGGAUUAUCGUCCGUGCAGUCUGUGGAUGAUCUCCCUUUCGCUGAUGAGGAAGACACACCCGCUGAAGCCAUUCCUAGACCGGAAGUAGCCAGCUCCAAUAAACAGCUACACCUUACAGGACCGCCGGAAGUAUCCCAAGCCCUGAAGGACAUGGACGCCCUAGAGGGGCGCCAGGUCGUCCUGGAGUGCCGCAUCAAAUUCCCCGACACGCCCCACAUAAUCUGGUUCAAGGACGGUCAGGAGCUCACAGAGGCUGACCUUUACAUUGGCCGCUACGACGAGCUGACCGGCAGGGCCACGCUGACCAUUCCAGACGCCACCACCUUCGACACCGCCCUGUACACCUGUGUGGGUCAGAACCAGGUGGGGGAGGCAAGGACACAGUGUAGAGUCGUCAUCAAAAGGAGGCCGGACAACGUACCUGUCUUCGAGAGGGGCCUGUGUGACGUCACCGUGGCCGAGGGCAACUCUGUCCUGCUGUCGUGUCACGUGACGGGGGCCACCAGCGUGACCUGGCAGAAGAAUGGCGUGCCCCAGAAGCACUCGCAGGAUGCCAGACAGAGCUUCGACGGGCGCGAGGCUCGGCUGGAGAUGAGUGACGUGUACGUUGAUGACGCGGGGCUGUACUCGUGUCUGGCCCAGAACGAGGCUGGGGUUCAAACCUCGUCGUGCGAGCUUAUUGUCAAGGCCAGUGGAUCUGAGAGUACAGUGGUCCCCAUGUUCUUGACCAAGCUGACCAACGCCACCGUGUAUGACGGGGAGAGUCUGAUCUUGGAAUGUGAGGUCGUAGGGUCACCUGAACCCAACGUCUUCUGGUUGAAGGACGGCAAAGACCUUCCACAGGACCUAAGCUUCAGCACCGCCUACGAUGGACGCCAGGCCAACCUUGACCUUACAGGUCUGAGAGCAGAGGACGCUGGGAGGUACACGUGCGUGGCCGAGAAUUCUGGGGGCAAGGUCACACAGGACGUUUUUGUCACAGUUCAAGUGACCACACCCCCAAGUUUCACCUGUAGCUUACAGGACGUCACCACGACCCCAGGGAAGGGUGUGCUGCUCAGGUGUGAGGUGUCAGGUGUUCCCCAGCCAACGGUGGCCUGGAAGAAAAACGGGGCCAUGCUGGGGAUGACCAACAAUUACAUUCACUCCUACAACAACGGGGUGGCCAGACUAGAGGUGUUGGCCACUGGGGUAGAAGAUUCUGGAAGAUACGAGUGUGUGGCCAGAAAUGUGGUUGGCGAGAGGUCGUGUGGCUGUGUGCUUACAGUUCAAGCUCUCAAGGCUGUGGAAACCAGAGCACCUCAGGAGGAACAGGUGACAGUGGCGCCCCCACAGGUGAGGAGGGUCUUCAAGAAACUCUCCGACCCAACACCUGUGUCCAUCAUCUCAUCCAUGCUGCAGAAGGCGGAGACAAAACCUGCAGAUGUCACAUCAACCCUGCCCAGACCUGCAGGUCUCAUAUCAACCCUGCCCAGACCUGCAGAUGUCAUAUCAACCCUGCACAAACCUGCAGAUGUCACAGCAACCCUGCACAAACCUGCAGAUGUCACAUCAACCCUGCCCAGACCUGCAGAUGUCACAUCAACCCUGCACAAACCUGCAGAUGUCACAGCAACCCUGCACAAACCUGCAGAUGUCACAUCAACCCUGCCCAGACCUGCAGAUGUCACAUCAACCCUGCACAAACCUGCAGAUGUCACAGCAACCCUGCACAAACCUGCAGAUGUCACAUCAACCCUGCCCAGACCUGCAGAUGUCACAUCAACCCUGCCCAGACCUGCAGAUGUCACAUCAACCCUGCCCAAACCUGCAGAUGUCACGUCAACCCUGCACAAACCUGUAGAUGUCACAUCAACCCUGCACAAACCUGCAGAUGUCACACCAGACCUGCCCAGGGCAGAACCCAAACCUGCAGACAUCAUCACAUCCGUCCUUAAGAGGGCGUCCACUGUCCAAAGGUCGCACACAUUUACCCCAGGCUCCAGAACAUUCCAGCAGAGCACUGUAGAGGUCAGCAGGGAAAAGGUGGAUAACUCUGGUCUACAACAGCCGGAGAGAAUUGUCGCCCCACAACCUGUCGGCGUCGUCAGGACGACCACUUCCAUGACAACCCAGUCAACAACAGCUCGCGACACAUCUGGGGCCGAUAACCGGGUCCUCGCUAGUGCUGCUAGUCUGGAACUUAAAAAACACGAGGCCCCGCCUGUGUCCUUGACCUUCAGCCCGAGCCCGGCACCGAGGGCGACAAAUCUGUCGAGAUCUGUGUCCUUGCACGUGGUUAGAACCAGCGCCACGUCACCAGAGAACAGCUCGCCCGGCGUCAAACCGGGCAAGUCGCCAUCAAGGGAGAGCAUCGCCAAAGCAGGUUCCCUUGAAGUGAUUACAGAGUCAGUGCCCUUGCAUCUGAUCCCCGGGUACCGGUCCGUCUCGCCCCACUUUCUUACCUCCCCUGACAAACAUCUAUCCAGCAGUGACAGCAACAUUGGUCAAGCUCCGGUCACCCGACUGGACGCCUCACACAGUCAGACAUUGUCCGGAUCUUCUUCCUCGUCCUCUGUGGAUAACACGUCAUCUAGUUCCUCAUCUUAUAAACAGUUGUCUACCUCAUCGUCACACCUCACAACCACAGCAUCAACAGCAUCACCAUCCUUGAGGUCAUACAACAACACAGACGAUAAUACGUCAACAGCAUCCACGAGAGUUGAAAGCACCGUCACGUCUACCUCAUCCUCUCUAAGGAUAGACAAUACGCCAACAGCAUCUUCAACGGUACACAACAACACAUCCACAGCAUCACCCAGCACACAGACUGAGCACAGCAACACGCCCGUGACCAAACUGUCCAGGGUUGGUCAGCUCCAGCGCCAGUUCCUGCAGAAUGACCAGGCGGCGUCCAGAGACCAGCAGACGACAGGGGUGGGGGUCAGGAGGUGGCACUCCCUGCCUCCCCAGGAGUCCAGGCCAACGGUCAUCAAGAGGGAUAAGUCCGCCCUCCCCGCCCCUAAAUUACCCACAAUGCCUUCAUAUGAUGACAUCACAGAUGAGGAGGAACUCCACAAGUUGAUGAACAGCACAGAAGAUUUUGAGGAGCGAAAAAAGAUCAGGUCGAGAUUACGAGAAAUCCGAGAUAAACAAAGGGAGGACUAUGAAGCCAAACGUAAACAGAGGGAGGCAGAGGCUGAAGAUUUGGUAAAGAAAAAGUUUGAGAAGGCUGAGGAAGAAAAGAAGAAAAAGAUGGAGGCUUACAAGCAGCAGGCACCCACACAUGAGAGAGAGAGCAAAUACCAUGAGAUUUCACAAAGUCUGAUUACAGACAAACACAAGGCAGCAGAGGAUGAGAAAGCUGCCAAGUUGGCCGUCUACUCCCACAUAGCUGAGAGCACAGGGCCAGGUGGGGAGAAGACCGUCACUAAAACCACAACCACAUCUUCUUCAGAGAAAACUCCAGGUGGGACUAGGACUACCACAACAACAACCAAAACUGAGACGUCGACAAAAAGUUUUGGUGGCACAUCUUACGGCAAACCAGCAGAGGAGACAGCUCAAGAGCUAACCCAAAGGUUAAUGAGUGCGUCAGGGCCUGGCGUCUCAGGUCGUAUCACUGUAAAGACAGAGUCCUGGAACAGUGCAGAUGGGAAGGUGCAAAAAUCUGAAAAAAUGCAAACAUGGGGAGCCAAACCUCAGAGUGCCAUGGCAGCCUUCAAACAGAUGGAUAACGCCAACGCCCCCGCUGGUGGAGUCAAGCCUAAUGUUUUCAAACAAGUCCAUUUUGAUAGUGGCCUUGUUACAGUUUCCCUUGUGAAGAGAGCGGCCACUACAAUGAAACGUAAUGUAGUAGAAAUUAAGGAAGAAAUUCUCAAUUUCUGCCGAGCUAACACUGCAGAAUAUGAGAAUGUUGAGAUCACCAACUUUUCCUCAAGUUGGAACAAUGGAAUGGCCUUCUGUGCUCUCAUUCAUCAUUUCUUCCCCAAUGCUUUUGAUUUCUCUGCAUUGGAUCCCACCAAGAGAAGAUAUAACUUCACACUGGCCUUUGACACUGCUGAAAAAGAAGCUGACAUUGCUCCCUUGUUAGAUGUGGAUGACAUGGUGAAAAUGAAAAACCCGGAUUGGAAGUGUGUGUUUACCUAUGUCCAAAGCAUCUACCGCCAUUUGAAAGACCAUGAGAAAAACAAAACAGCUGCUGUUGAGCAGUAAAUUGUUAGAAUAGUAUAUUUAUGAUCAGGGCACUAGAGAAAAAGUUUCAUUAUUCAUGUAGAAUUGGUUAGCAUUUAUUUCUAGAAUUUACCUCGUCAAAACCUAUAUUUAAGGGUUUGCUAUUUUUUUUAAAUAAAACUAUGGAACCAAAUAUUUAUUUUGAGUUCUUUUGUGCAAAAAAUUGUGUCAAGACUGCAUUAAUAUAGCCCAGUGAUAUUUACUUUAUCUGUGUGUGAAAAAGAAUUGGCAUAUACUCUCAUUUGUUACUUAACAAGUGAUUAGAUAUUUUUAUUUUUCCAUAUUUUUAUUUCACCUGGAUAGGCUUAGGUUUUGUAUCCCAUGAGUUAGAAUGAUCAUGAAUUUUCUCACCAGUAUAACACAGCAUUAAGAUCUGCAACACUCAGCAUUAUUCCAGGAGAAAAAUUCAUCCUGUGUAGAGCCGCUAGAAUAUUAAAUAAGGUCCUCAUUUGCAAGUUGUAUAUCGUCUGUUACAUGUAUAAUUAUAUUAAUAUUUAUGCUUAUAAUUUGUUGUAACUUUUGUACAUACAAGUUUUCAUUUUUUGCAAGCUAAAUGCAUAAAAUACAUAACAGUAAUUUUGAAAGAUUUUUUUCAGAGGAAGAAUAUAUGUGGUUGACUUUUGUUUGUAUAUGGUUGAUCAGAUCAAACUCUUUGAUGCCUUGCACUGAAAGCUUUAAGAAAUGAUGCUGGUUUGGCCAACUAUGAGAUCUGGAAACUUGCAGUAACAGGUCCAUAAGUUGGUUUUAAUUCGAUGGGUAAUGGCUGAAAGUAACUAUUUUUUAAUAGGCUUUUAUGUUAUGCAAUAAAAAAAUAUUUUGACUAUUUCUUAAACUGCAUUGUUUUAAGAAGAUCAUUUUAAUGUCCUAAAUGAAAAUUUGUUUAUAUCUGAAAGGCUGUGACAGAGAAUAACUUACUUUGUUUUUCUUAUCUUCUACUAAAUAACUUGCAACCAAAAUUAUCCUGUCUAUACACUGAACUUGUUGGAGAAUGUGCAUCUAUGAAUGUCUAAAAAUAUAACUUGUACUAUAGCAGCCUUUAACAUUGCUUUAUGUAAAUAAUAAAUUUAAAAGAGAGUUGUUGAUAUAUCUUAGAGAUUUGUUUUUGACAAAUACUCUUGUUUUUUUUAAUCUACUGACAUACUCUGGCAAUAUAAAUGAGAAGAUCUGUUGUGGAGAGAUUAGCUAGUGCAGCUUGUCUACUAAGUUGUGUGUUAACUGUAGCUUGAUCACUGGAUUAUGCAACUUCUUGUUUGUAAACUCAGUUUCCUGUGAUAGAUUAGUUUAUGGUGUGACACCACUUUAGGUCAGAGUAGGAAUAAAACACCAGCGUCUAAUAUAGACCAGUUAAAAUAUCUUUGCUAAGACUGAUGUGUCAUUAUUUGUAUGCAGGUGUUUUUCAGUCAUGAAUUACCAAAACUCACGACAUCAAUGGCCUAAAGAGGGCGCCAUGUUCUCUGUAACAAUUGUAAAAAAAAAAUAUUAUUUUAUUUCAAAUGUUUAUUUAGCUAUUUUAUAUUUCUUGCUAUUUGUGCAUGUUGACAAAUAACACUUUCAAGAUUUGUGAGCUUUAGUGUCAAUCAGUUGAUACACGUAUUUUUUAACCAUUUUUAUUUCUUUGGUGCUUUAUUUCUACACUUUAAAAAUUGCAUUAAUAAUUGGACAAAAAUGUUUUGAUAAAGUCUUCUUACUCAUGUAACUUAAAGAAAGAAAACAAAGGUCAAAAUUUUAUUGCACUGCAAAAACUAUUAUUUCAAGGUUUAAUAAUAAUUUGAAAUGCUACCAUCUUGUGAGGGCAAACACUAAUUGAUUAUAUAUCAUCAAUGCAGCCAUCCAUUAUAAAAAUAUUUAUGCACAAAAAUAUGACCUGUUCUAAUAAAAGCAUAUUGUAAAAUAUCCAUUAACUAAUUAGAAUAAAUUAGAUGCAAUAAUUAGCCAUUUUAUACUGUGUAAUUCACAUGUAGUUUAGGGUUUGCCUGUGCAACAAUUAUUUGUUUUUAAUUUAAUAAUUAACUUGGUGUAGUGGCACAAACUGCACUCUGUUCACCUUAUUCUCUAGCAACUUGAGUUGUCUAUCUUUACUAAAAUGUGACACCAUGACAAUACCAUCACCUCAUGAGAUUGACUAUAGUCAUGUGACUGUUCACCUUAUUCUCUAGCAACUUGAGUUGUCUAUCUUUACUAAAAUGUGACACUGACAAUACCAUCACCUCAUGAGAUGGACUAUUGCCAUGUGACACCUCUAGAGUGACAGCUCUAUCAUCUGAAAUUAUUUUAUAAGUUUCUGUGAUUUUAUCUCCAAAAAAUAUAAUUUUUUUUAUAUUUAUCUGGAAAAAAAAUGUAUUUGGCCAAUCAAAUAGGAUGUAGUAUUUAACAGUUGUAAGAUUAAGAAAAAAAUUUAGGCAAAUUAAAUAGGCUGUUGUAAAUAACAGUUGUAAUAUCAGGAAAAAAACUGUUUUCAAGCCAAGUUAAUUCAACUUUUGUCUGUCUUUCGUUACUAUAAUAAACUUACAUUUUAAGAUUUUA